AUGAGGUUCUCUACCCAUUUCUUGAUUUUUACCGUGGCUCUAUGUCAUGUCAAGUUAUCAAAGGGCUCUCCAGAAUCUCCGCAGGUUGAUCUGGGUUAUGCCCGUUACAUCGGUCUUGGUAACACCACAUCAGGUAUCAACUCUUUUUUCGGCAUCCGGUAUGCACUGCCGCCUACAGGAGAGCAACGCUGGAGCAAGCCUGAGUCUGUCGAUUCCAAGCCUUGGCCUGCACAAAAGCCCAUUAUCGAUGCCACCGUAUCCGGGCCUCGGUGCAUCGCUAUUGAUAAGUCCCCUUGGAUUUCUGGAUCAACUGCACCCAACAACACUGCGUCGUACGAGUCAGAAGAUUGUCUUCUGUUGAACGUUCUGGUUCCUUCACAGCCUGCUUCCACCAGACUACCUGUUCUUGUGAAUAUUCAUGGCGGAGGAUAUGUUGCAGGCGUACCUGUCGAAGGGGAUGCUGUCGUUCAUCAGGCUCAAGGGCAGAUCAUAUUUGUUGCUAUCCAGUAUCGCCUAGGCGCUUUCGGCUUCCUUGCUGGAGACGAAAUCCAGGCUUCAGGUGUUGCAAACGCUGGCCUCCUUGACCAGCGCGAAGCUCUCAACUGGGUUCAACGCAACAUCCACUAUUUUGGCGGUGACCCAGACAAGGCCACGAUCAUGGGUGGCAGUGCUGGCGGCGGCUCUGUCAGCAUGCAAAUGUUGCUGCACGGUGGCCGACAGGCUCCUCCAUUUCGUGCGGCUAUCCCCGAGUAUGCUUGGUGGUCUCCAAUGUACAACCGCACUUGGGUGAGAAAGCAGUAUCAGCGGGUCCUCGAAUCCAGCUCCUGUGCCAGCCUCAGCUGUCUCCAUGGACUCUCAGCGGCGGCUCUGAACAACGCAGCUUGGCGAGCUUGGAAGACUGCUCUCAAUGAAGCGGAAACAGUUUAUGGUCUGUUUUACUACGGCCCGACAAUUGACAACGACGCUGUAAUGGACUUGCCAGCUCGACAGUUCAAGGCAGGGAAUUUUACCAAGGUACCUGUGCUUGUCGACCGCGACAUGUUUGAGGAACCGUACUCCACUUCUGUCAGUCUAUCGACCCACGAACAGCUUAUUGCCGAUCUCAAGGCCAUGUGGCAAGCUGUUUCUCACUCAGUCAUUGAAAAGGUUGUGGACCUGUAUCUCACAAGUGUGUACAAUGGACCCCUGAUCAAAUCAGCUGGCUGGUUCAAGGCUUUGACAGGGGGCUUCGAUGUCUCCGUGCCUUAUGUUCAGAGACAAGCUAUAUUUGGGGCCUCAGUGGUCGACUGUCCGCCAACCACAAUCGUUCAAGCUUCCAUAGACGCUGGACAGAAAGCCUUCAAAAUGGUAUUUGAGGCUGGCACGCAACUCCAUGGGGCCACGGUAUCAUACUUGUGGUCCAAGGACAUUAGCUUUGACGGAACUUCUACUCUUGGCACUACGUUGUUUGGCGGAAAUGCUACACUCGCUUAUGCUUUGCGAGAAUACGUUGCAGCAUUCACCAUCAAUCUUGAUCCCAAUCCCGCAAACCUCUCAACCAGUGUGCCUUACUGGCCAGCAUUCACCAAUCAGGGUCGACAAAUUCUACAUAUGCAGGAUAACCAAACUAGGGUAGCCUAUGACUUUGACUCUAACGAGCAAUGCAGCAUACUUGGCUCGUUGAGCAUGAUUUAA